UCUGUGUCACGUGGCGGCACCCGGAAGCGGCGGCAGGAGGGCGGCCAUGAGCAGCGGCGGCGGUAACGGAGCGACGGCCGUUGGGACCGAGAGUGAGGCCGGUGACGGCUUUGUUUCCGGUUCCGGUUCGGAGCGGCGAGUUCACAUCAUGGUGGAGUACUGCGAGCCCUGCGGCUUCGGGGCCACCUACGAGGAGCUGGCGAGCGCCGUGCGGGAGGAAUACCCCGACAUCGAGAUCGAGUCCCGCCUGGGGGGCACAGGCGCCUUUGAGAUUGAGAUCAACGGGCAGCUGGUCUUCUCCAAGCUGGAGAACGGAGGCUUUCCCUAUGAGAAGGACCUGAUCGAAGCGAUCCGCAGAGCCAGGAAUGGGGAACCGCUGGAGAAGAUCACCAACAGCCGCCCCCCCUGUGUCAUCCUGUAGCCCUGCGCCUGGUGGGGGUCUCCUGUCCCCUCAGCACCCCGUGCUUUGCUGCUCCCCGUUAACUUCCUGCACCCCUGGGGACGCUGGGGGAACGUGGGAGCAUAAGGAGGGGAGCUGCCAUGGUGCUGGUGUCACUGGUCCAACUAUGCCUAUUCCCUGAGGCCACGUCCACACCAUUCGUGGGCUGUAACCGUGGCACUUACCUGCCUGCUCCCCUCCUGCCCCUCCCUCCAGCAGCAGCACAGAGGGGCUCAUUCUCAGCCCCUGGGGGGUUUGGGGCACUGCACGGCCCCGCUGCCCCCUGACCUGUGAGGCCAGUGAACGCCCAGCCCAACCUGGCCGUCAGAGGGGACGCGGCGGCUUCAGAGCUCCCAAAGGUUUAUGCAGAGGAACGUAAACUUGAGUGUGGUUCGUUAAUGAUUACAGCUUCUCUGAUCACUGUUUAAACAGGUAUGAGGGCAGCAGGGACCGGCUGGCCAUGGGAACCCCUGCUUGGCUCUAUCCCCACAGCCCCGGGGUUCGUUUAACGGCCACGAGCUUCUCCUGCUGCCCUGUUCCCAGGCUCCUGGCUCUCACCCUCCCCACGUAAUGACUCUGCCCUUUGCCACAGGGCAGCUGAGCCCAGGGCAGUGUGGCCGAGCCAAGGUGGCUGUCCCCUAUUUAUUAAGUACUGUCUGUAAGCCCCAUGAUCCAGUGCUGAAUAAAGGAUGGAGGAAAACAUU